AUGGCCUUUUCCAUUCCAAAGGCAUUAUCAAACCCCGGUUCAAUCUCCAUUCUGCGAAAACACAACGUCGUGUAUCUGGAUAGGGGUCUAAUUAUCCUCAAUAAGCCAUCUGGGCUCGUAACCCAAGGGACAACAAAUGUCGAAAAGAAGGAAGGUACUAUUCAAGUUGCGAUAGAUGACAUCCGCGCCGCUCUGGGUAUGGAGGAAGGCCCGUUUACCGUCCAAAGGCUGGAUAAGCCGACAACUGGUGCAUACGUACUAGCUACCACUGCGCAUGAGGCAAAACUUUUAAGUCAAGCUUUCAUGCACACUGAGCUCGAAAGCAAGUCGCCAAAUCUAGCUCGGAAGCAAUAUAUUGCCCUCGUACAUACGUUGAGGGCGAAAAGGCUAUUCGGAGACACGUCGAAUGUCGAGCGUGCGGUCGGUGCCAGACAACGGUUGGAUGUGGACCUCUACAUCAAUCGCGAGGGCCGAGUUGCAUUGUGGAAUUCAGUCCUUAAACGGCUCAAAGACUCGGAUGUGAUCAAAGCCCAGCAACGAAAACGAGUGGCCAUCUCUGAUUUUGAAGUCUUGGCCGUCGCCAACAAGUACGACGUGGCUCUUAUGAAGAUGCAGUUGUAUACUGGGUUGAAGCACCAGUUAAGAGCGACGAGUGCUCUAGCAUGCCACGCUCCAAUCCUUGGCGACACAUUAUAUGGACAUCCAGAGGAUCAAAGCAACCUUCCAAAGAAUACACCGCCGGCUGACCGCCUCAUGCUACAUUCAAGCAGCCUUACGCUAACGAGGUUUGCUGGCGGGAAGCCCUUCAACUUUCAUGUCACCGUUCCGCCUCCCACUGAAUUCUUGGAGACUUGCAACACGCUCGGAGUCCAGCUGCCAUCUUCACUGCUGACGGGUGGCGUCUGGUACGACGACACGGAAGUGACCAAGCAUCUUCGAGAUGGAAAGCUCAAGGCCUCUGGGGAGCGGGAUUAUUCGAGCCUGGAAGGCGUUUGGCUUGGAAAACAGCCCAGAAGUGGAGUAGAGCUGCCUUUUUUCAUCAAAGCUAAAGAUGAGUGA